AUUUUCGCUACUCUGGCGGCCGGCCCGGCCCCCAAGGGCUCAGGCUGCGGCCCGGAAUGCGGCCGCCCGCGUGGCCGUGGUGGCCGCUGCUCUGGCUGCCACCCCUGUCCACACUGCUCACGCGCUCGGGACGCGGGGAAGAGGCGGCGGCGUUGCUCCCAGCUCAAAAGUGUGAAGCUUUGAAGGAAAUGGAUUUAAUUAAAGUUCCCAAGUCAAACUGUUACUGCUACUAUCAAAAUUCCCAAAUAGAGUGGAAAUACAUAUGGUCAACUAUGCAGGUGAAAAUUACUAGUCCAGACCUGUUCAAUAUUGUAUAUAUCACAGACAGAUACAAUUGUCAGUAUCCAGAAACCAUUCUAUCUUUUUUUAAAUGUGUGAUUCAUAAAUUUUGGACACCAAAGACAUCUAAUGAAAUAACCCUAACCAUCAAUCCAUGUGAGGAGACAGUGUGCUUCUCCGUGAAGCCUGUUGGGAAGAUGCUUUUCUGUACAAUGAGUGUGAAUCGAAGUAUUGUGGACUUCAAACUCUUCCUUGUGUUUGCGGCAGGUGUUUUCCUCUUCUUUUACGCAAAGACCUUGAGUCAAAGCCCUAUUUUUUAUUACUCUGCUGGGACUGUGCUAGGUAUUCUAAUGAUAUUCGUCUUUGUCCUGCUGCUGUUAAAAAGGCACAUUCCUAAGUAUAGCACCUUUUGGGCGCUAAUGGUUGGUUGUUGGUUUGCUUCAGUUUAUGUUAUAUACCAGUUGAUGGAAGAUCAGAAAUGGCUGUCGUAUGAAAACAGAAUAUAUAUAUUAGCCUAUGUCUUGAUAAUUGGAUUUCUCAGCUUUGCUGUUUGUUACAAACACGGGCCACUUAUUGACAAGAGGGACAUAAACCGUCUGACAUGGACUCUGCGGCUCCUGUCCCUGCUUCUGGUCUAUUCUGGUGUCACGGCGCCCCAGUUUGCGUAUAUAGCUAUUGUUCUCAUGCUGUCAUCCAGGAUGCUGCACUACCCAUGGACGGUAUUCAGCUAUAUGAGUUGGAAAAUGAAGAAAUGGUUCACGUCAGAAAAGCUGGUGGUUAAGUACCUCACUGAAGAUGAGUACAGGGAACAGGCUGACGCGGAAACCACCAGCGCCCUGGAGGAGCUGCGCCGCGCCUGCCAGAGGCCUGACUUCCAGUCCUGGCUGGCUGUCUCCAGACUCCAGGCCCCUAAAAAGUUUGCAGAUUUUGUUCUUGGAGGAAGCCACUUGUCACCUGAAGAAGUAAGUCAGCAUGAAGAACAGUACGGCCCUGGGGGUAUCUUCUUAGAAGAGCAGCUCUUCAGCCUGCAGAAUGCUGACAGUCUGCUUGAGCAUUGACUUCAUUCUGGACAAGGAAUGAAAGGGCAGGGGCCCACUGAAAGUCGAACAGAACUAUUUUAGGGAACAGUGGUAAAACCUUUGCUGUGGAGAAAUAUCAAGUCACAUUAGAAUGGAAAACUAAGCUAUAUUGAUAACUUAUUCUUGACCAGUUCUGUUAUUUACUAUACUGUACGUGGCUACCAGAUGCUGUGAGACUCAGGACCACUUUCCUUGAACGAAGACUUUCAUUAGGAACAAGGGAAUUAUAUUGGUCUUUAAGGAGCCAGUUAGUGUGAAUUCAGCAUUCACUUUAGCAAUACAAGGGUACUAAAUACUCCUAAUCCCGAGAACCUGUGUCAAGAGACUCUGCAUUGUGCUUUCAAUAUGUUAUCAGUGUGCUAGGAGAGACCUGAGAAUGAUCUGGACAAGUGUUCUCCAAAGUCAAGUCCAUAGGGUGCUAAUUACAUCCUAUGUAACAGGAUUCUGAAGUCAAUCAACUAAGAUUGAUACACAGCCAAACAAGUAAACUACAGGACUUCUCAGAGCCCUUACUAAUAUGAAUGCACAUUCUGGAUCUCCUAAAGGGGAGAAGAUGUGUGCAGCAGUUUUCAACUUAAUUUGAUCACAGAAUCCUUUUGUUAGGAGAUUAAUAUUUUUUGGAACUUGUGUUUGGAAAAUGCUAAUGAUGGAGAAAUUAAGGAUGAGGGAGGUAAAUAACUUGUCCAAGACAAUACACUAUUUAGAGGCAGCACUGGGACUAGAAUUCCAGCCCUAGUGUUUCCCAGUACUCAGGUAGAAGAGACCUUAGAAAUGAGCCAAGGGACCAUCGCCCUACUUUUCAGGUCUAACAAUAUUGGUGACUUUAUUUUUAAUAAUGACCAACCAGCUCUUUUGUAACUAUAAUGAAGAGAAACAUUCUAAGAUUUUUAUUUUAAAGUUUUGAUAAGACUUUUAUAGAUAUAUAUAAGGAUUAAAAAUUAGGUUUGAUGUUUACAUUUUUUUUUGGAUGUUGAAAUUGAAAACAUUUAACCUUUUUGACAUUUUUUAGUUCACUGGGCCAUCUUUAAAAAGUGUUGAGUUAUAUAUGUUGGUAACAAUCUCCUCCAAAACAGAUUUGUGAUCUGCCAGGGUAGAUAGAGCACAGAUCUUUUUUUCUUGAUUCAUACUGUUCAACUCCAGCGUGAAAUGAGAGACUAACUGUAAUCUUUGACUGUGAGAAAAAGAGGCUAUGACAUGGGUCUGAAAAAAGAUUUGGAUGCUGCUAAAUUGAUUCUUCCUACCAACCAAUCUUGGCCUUUUUUGAUGCUAUGGGAUCAUAAAAAAAAAAAAAAAAAAAUCUCCCUUUAAAGGGUCAUGGAGGACAGACAUAGAGAAUCUAUGCAUUGCUUUCUUGAGCCAAAUUCAGUAGAUUUCCUACGUUAUUGAAGAAAAGCAUGGCAACCUAUUUAGAAUUUCUUACUGGUUUUCAAAUGAUGUUUCCUCUUUGAAGCAUUGUGUCAAUAUUUUAUAGGUCUGUUUUUACCUGACACCUUUUAGAUGUCAGGAAAUUUGCUAGUUUUAUAAAAUGCACAUUCUUGUGCUCACCACAUUCACCACCCAAGGAAUCAUUUGUGGAUUACAAAAUGUAUGUGAAGAGUCUGCUGGAUAUCCCAGGAGCCAUCCCCUCCAAGACAGCCCCUGGCCUUCGAUAGAAGGCAGCAACUCCUAGUGGUCCAACAAACUGGCUGUAACCAUCACAAUAAAAACAACUCAAGAAAGAAAAAAAGAGAGCAAUCUUCUGGGAUGUUCUUUCUCAUGUUUACUUUUAGAGGAAAUUGGGGAUGUGUCCAUUUCUGUUAUGUAAGUAUUGACAAGUCAAGCAAAUAAAAGCAUUACUUUCAUGUAUCUAUGUUGUGUUCAUUUGAUCUGGGGUUUAGUACAGCAUUGAUUAUAGUCUUGAGCUCAUCAAACAACAUUGAUCUUUUUCCCCUCCACAAGCCUUCCCCUCUCAUCCUCUCCUCUCUCUCUCUCUCUCUCUCUCUCACACACACACACACACACACACACACACACGCUCCCUUUCCAUGUCCUUCUCUCCUCCCUUCCUUUAUUUAAAGACUUUUAUAUGUUUAAGUGACCACUCAGAAAAUAUCUCUGGUUGCAAGUGGACUCUGGGCUUCACACCACCAAAGGGUGCAGCUGAGGAGCAGGACAGGGCCCUUUGUUGUUACUGCUUGCAUGAGGUGUCUCACAAAAGCUUACUGUUGUUAGCAAGUUGGACUAUUUGACACCAAAAUGUGUGGGUGAGAUGAAGAGUAGGUGGCUGUGCUUAAACAAUCGUAUCAUUCAGUGUUAUUUCUAAAAGGUUUUAAAGCACAUUUAACAUGUCACAAAAAAUGCUUUGUGAAUUAGUUGUGUAGUUUGCCAAUAAUACUUAAGGUUGAAUUACAGGGGUGUGUCUCUCUGACAUUUGGACAGUAUUUGAAGUUUGGGCUUUUUGGUCCUCUAGAAAUGUAAUAAGCAACUUUAGAGUUUAAGACUUUUGGAGUAGAUGAUGGGCUACAUCAACAUGUGGAGAAAUUGAGACCCCUGAAAUGAUGAGAAAAGAAACAGGAUCUUAUGUUAUUCUGUAUGGGGUUGUUCCCCAGCGUCGGAGAAAUAUAAUAUUUUAAAUCGGGUUUUUAUUUUGUCCCAUUGAAAGAAGCAGCCUCUGCAUAGGUAACAUAAUGAAAUGGGCUAUUGAAGAAGCCUGCAGAAGGACAGAGAGGUAUUUUUAGGCAACCCCAAAAGUACUGCCUUCUGAGAGACCCCACAGGUUGAUGUGACAUUGAUAGGUUUACCAUGUGGGUGUGACUCUUGACCUGGUUGAUUUAGUGCUUGGUUUUUGUCAUUGAACCAUAAGAAGAGUUGUCUCACAUUAACCAAUUCAUAUAGUCUGUCCAUUUAGUGUUUCACAACCAAAAAUAUAAUUGACAUAAAGAUAAGAAUUGAUUCAACCAACAAAUUCUCAGAAAACAGAUUUAUAAGGGCUCAAAUGGUAAUAAAAAGGUUGCGAGAGAACAAAAAGGGAAUUUGUUACAUAAUAAUGUUUAAAGUCAUCAGGACAAAAAGUCCAAUGCAGAUACCCUCAGGGUGAGCAGCCUUGCUAAUGUGAUGAAAUACCCAGUCUGUUAGCAGAGAGGACCCUUCUUUUAAGGCAGGUCCCACCAAAUUCCUCCUGUGACCACUGUCUAAUCUUUUAUUAUUGACCAACAUCAAAUGCCCUUCUAGUGGGCAUGUUCUUCAUAUGUUAAUGCCUUUUACCCUUCUCUGGCCUAAGAGUCUAGUUGUCUUUUUUUUUUUAAUUGAAGUAAUACUGGUUUGUAUCAUCAUGUAGGUUGUAUCAUCAUGUAGGUGCAUUCAGUGGGAUAGCUGCUCUUUGUUGUUUAAAUCUUUUGGAGAAUCUGCAUAUAUUCUAAAUUUGGUCCACUUUCCAAAAAGGCAGUGAUCAAGCCUUAGAAAGGGGAGGAGGACCGGGUGCUACACGAGGCACUUUCUAUGCCUCUUCAUAUGAACCUCAUGGCUUCUCUGUAAUAUGUAUUACUGCUAUUUCCAUUUUACAUUUGAGGUAAGAUUUGGAGAAAGUAAAAGUAGUUUGUUGAAGGACAUAUAUGCCGAGGACUAGAAUCAGGGUUUGAGCCACGGAAUGCCAGGGACCAUGUCCUUUCUACUUCCUUUAUUGCAGGCUUUAAAAAAAGUUAGUGAAGGAAAAGGCCCCAUGGCUAAUCCAUUCAAGAGAUUAGCUGAAUGUUAAUGUGCCUGCUGCUUCAGUGCACAUGUUAAUCCCCUGUGCCUGGUAGCUGUGUGUGCAGGAGAUGAUGCUGCUUCUAGAUGGUCUGGGUGAUGGACAUACCCCCUACCUCCAUUGCAAGUAACACUUUGGUAAGAUACAUUAAAAAAAAAAAAAGUAGAAAAAUGAAGUAAUUUUUUAAAAGACAUAUAAAUU